CAAAACAUUAAAUUUAAUAUCAAGGAAAUAAACAUAGGCGUAGGAUAUAGCUAGACGGCCAUGAUUUCCGACAUGCUAACGUAUUACGGGUAGGGACAGCAGGAAAAUGGCCGGUAGCGUGUGUUCGUCGGUGUUGUCGAAGGUGGCGUAAAUUUUGAUCGACGAGUUUCGUUCAAGAUACACGAAUGUAUGGUUAAAUUUGCUUCUACAGUAAAGUGAAUUUUUAUUCGGUAUGUAUGAACACAGGUCUUGUUUAAGUCUAAUGAGAAUCUCGUAAUGUUAUAGAAUCUUGUUCAACUGGAAACUAAAAUGAGUUGUCAGAUUUUUUGUUGGGUACAAAUAUUUUAAUGGGUGUUAUUCCAGCAGCAUCAAUCUUUAUAAAAUAUUUAUGUAAAGAAUUUAUUUUGUUAAUAUUAUUGGGUGAAUAUUUCGUGAAUUCUCAGUUGUACAUAGGUAAGAUUUGUGUACAUUGUGUAACAGGAGAAUAUUACGUGUGAACUUCUUAUAAAUAUGUUUAUAUGAUUUUGGAAUGUUGAUACACAGAAAGGUGGUGACUUUUAUGCAUCCGAAAUAAACCAAACCAAUAUGGCAAGUCCUUCGCCACAAUCAUCUCCUAUGCCUCCACCACAAGCACCAAGCCCUAUGGGUCCUCCUCAGCAAGCACCGUCACCCUCUAAUCCUCAAGGUAGUCCAAUGGGCCCACCACAACAUCAUCCACAUAGUCCAACACAAGCAUAUCAAACUGGUCCGUCAAUGCAAUCUGGUGGACCGCCUAUGUCUCAAUCACCUCAACAGCCUCCACCCCAACAGCAGAAUUAUUCAUCACAUCCACAACAGAUGCAAGCUAAUAUGGGUCCACAGAACCAGGGUGGUCCUGGCGGUCCAGUCGGUCAAAAUUCUAGUUCUCAGCAAGGUCCAGGAGGGUCUAUGGUGCCAGGUCAAAUGGGACCGAAUGGGCCUCAAGGAACAUCUCAUAUGAUGCAGUCUGGACCAAAUCAGAUGGGUUCUAAUGGUCCAGGUCAAAUGGGUGGUGGUGGUCCUGGUCAAAUGGGCUCAGGAGGUCCAAGUCAGAUGGGCCCAGGAGGUCCAGGAGGGCCAAUUGGACCAAACCAUAUGGGGCAGGGAGGAGGAGGACCACCGGGAGGUGGUCAUAUGGGUCAGGGUCCUAAUCAAAUGGGCCCAGGAAGUGGACCAGGUUCGCAGAUGGGUCCCGGUGGACCUCCAAACUCGCAAAUGGUACCUGGAGGACCAGGACAUAUGAGUGGACCAUCAGGGCCAGGACAUAUGAAUGCAAGUGGUCCACCAGGAUCUGGUCAUAUGAGUUCAGGUGGUCCACCAGGAUCGGGUCACGUGAACACAUCUGGCCCUCCAGGAUCAGGACAUAUGAAUAAUAGUGGACCUCCUGGUUCAGGACACAUGAAUGCCAGUGGUCCUCCUGGAAGUCAUUUGAAUAGUGGACCGCCUAUUCCGAGUCAUAUGAAUGCAAGUGGCCCACCGGGAUCCGGACAUAUGAGUGGGCCAGGGAAUCACAUGGGUCCUGGAGGUCCAGGACAGAUGCCUCCAAGUGGCCCUGGUGGACACAGUAUGGGACCAGGAGGUCCAUCUCAAAUGGGUCCUGGUGGUCCAAAUCAAAUGGUACCUAAUAGCCAAUCUCCAAUGGGUCCUAGCCCAAUGGGGCCUGUUGGUCCAGGUGGACAAAUGGGUCCAAACGGUCCUGGGCAAAUGGGGCAUAACGGACCUUCGCAAGUAGGACCAAAUGGUCCUGGACAAAUGAACAUGGGUGGACCGUCAUCACAAAUGGGAAUUGGCCCGGGAGGACCUGGAAGCCAAAUGGGUCCUGGAGGGCAAGUUGGACAAAUGGGCCCAGGAAGUGGGCCUGGAGGUCAAUUAGGACCAAAUGGUCUUGGUCAAAUGGGACCUGGGAAUACUCCAGGAGGACAGAUACCUCCAGGUAAUGGACCUGGGGGUCCUAUGGGACCGGGAAGUGGUCCUGGUGGACAGAUGGGAUCAACUAGUGGACCUGGAGGACAGAUGGGUCCUGGAAGUGGACCUAGUGGACAAAUAGGACCGGGAAGUGGCAGUGGAAGUCAAAUGGGUCCAGGAAAUCCUCCCGGAAAUCCAAUGCCUCCUGGAAGCGGUGCUAGUGGGCAAAUGGGUCCAGGAAAUGGACCUAGCGGACAAAUGGGUCCAGGUAGUGGUCCUAGUGGGCAAAUGGGCCCUGGAAAUGGUCCUAAUAGUCAAAUGGGUCCUGGAAGUGGGCCAGGUUCACAAAUGGGACCAAGUGGGCAAAUGGGACCUGGAGGUCCUGGAGCACAAAUGGUUCCAGGAGGACCAGGUGGGCAAAUACCACCUAAUGGUCCUUCUAAUCAAAUGGGGCCUGGUGGUCCUGGUAGUCAGAUGGGAUCAGGUGGUCCUAACAGUCAAUUGGGCCAUGGUGGUGCAAAUAAUCCGAUGGGGCCGAAUGGACCGAGUGGACAACCAUCCUCUGCUCAAAUGGGUGGUCCUGGUUCGCAGAGUCAACAAAUUGUUCCUGGAGGUACAUCACCAAUGGGUCCUGGUGCUCCAGUAAAUCAAAUGAGUCAAACUGGCCCUGGUCAGAUUGGUCCUAGUGGACCAGGAGGUCCUCCUGCAGCAGGGCAAGAAAAUUUAAAUGCCUUACAAAAGGCUAUUGAUUCCAUGGAAGAAAAAGGGCUCCAAGAAGACCCUCGUUAUUCUCAGUUGCUUGCUUUGAGGGCUCGUCAGGGCAGUAUGGGAGAGAAGCAAACAUUUAGUUCACAACAAUUGCAACAAUUACGUGUACAAAUAAUGGCAUAUCGACUGCUGGCACGAAAUCAGCCAUUAUCUCAACAACUUGCACUAGCUGUUCAGGGUGGAGCACCUCCUCCCCCAGGUUUGCCACAACGUCCCCCUAUAGAUCCAUCUCAAGGACCUGCUACUACUACAGGUCUACCAAUCUCUGGACCAAACGUAAUUGGUUCUGCAGUUCCUCCAAGGCCAGGUUGCCAAACCCCACAGCAACAACAGCCUCCACAGCCAGGUGCCAAGACUAAUAGAGUGACUAGUGUAGCGAAACCAGCUGGUUUAGAUCCUCUGCUAAUUCUACAAGAACGCGAGAACAGAGUUGCUGCACGCAUAGCAUUACGUAUGGAGCAGUUAAGCAAUCUACCAACAAACAUGCCAGAGGAUCUUCGUAUUCAAGCACAAAUUGAAUUACGUAUGCUUAGAGUAUUGAAUUUCCAAAGACAAUUACGAUCAGAGAUUUUAGCAUGUACUCGGAAAGAUACCACGUUAGAAACAGCAGUGAAUGUAAAAGCUUAUAAGCGCACAAAGAAGCAAGGUCUUCGGGAAGCUAGAGCUACAGAGAAACUUGAGAAACAACAGAAAUUGGAGGCAGAACGUAAACGCAGACAAAAACAUCAAGAAUUUCUUAGUUCCGUGCUUCAACAUGGUAAAGAUUUUAAGGAAUUCCAUCGAAACAAUGUGGCUAAAUUGGCUAGGCUUAACAAAGCAGUUCUCAAUUACCACGCUAAUGCAGAAAGAGAGCAGAAGAAAGAACAAGAACGUAUCGAAAAAGAGCGUAUGAGACGUUUAAUGGCAGAAGACGAAGAGGGAUACAGAAAGUUAAUUGAUCAGAAAAAAGAUAAACGAUUAGCGUUUCUGUUAUCUCAGACUGAUGAAUAUAUCAGUAAUUUAACUGAAAUGGUGAAACAACACAAGAUCGAACAAAAAAGAAAGCAGGUGGAAGAACAAAAACGUAAAAAGAAAAAGAAGAAGCUGCAAGAUGGCGAAGGUGGUGAAGAUGGUAACGGUAAUGAGGAUAGCCGUGUUGGAGUGAUAGAAACAUCUACUGGUCGUACAUUGACUGGAGAUGAAGCUCCACUAAUGAGCCAACUUUCAGCCUUUUUGGAAUCUCACCCAGGUUGGGAACCAAUUGAAUCAGAAAGUGAGGACGAUGACGACGAUGAUGAUGAUGAAAAUGACGAUGAAAAAGGUGAACAUAAAGAAAAGGCUCCUGGUGAUUCCGAGGAAGAUAAAGUCAAGAAAACAAUACAUAAAGCUAAAGUGGAAGAUGAUGAGUACAAAACUGAAGAACAAACAUAUUAUAGUAUUGCUCACACUGUACAUGAAGUAGUAACAGAGCAAGCAUCGAUUAUGGUCAACGGAAAAUUAAAAGAAUAUCAAAUAAAGGGUUUGGAAUGGUUAGUUUCAUUAUUCAAUAAUAAUCUAAAUGGUAUUCUUGCGGAUGAAAUGGGUCUCGGUAAAACUAUUCAAACUAUAGCUUUAGUGACUUAUCUCAUGGAGAAAAAAAAAGUCAAUGGUCCAUUCCUGAUUAUCGUCCCAUUAUCUACUUUAUCAAAUUGGGUAUUGGAGUUUGAAAAAUGGGCCCCUAGUGUAGUGGUAGUAUCAUACAAAGGUUCGCCAGCUGGUAGAAGGGCUAUUCAGUCACAAAUGAGAGCUACAAAAUUCAAUGUAUUACUUACCACAUAUGAAUAUGUCAUUAAAGACAAAGGUGUGUUAGCUAAAUUGCAGUGGAAAUAUAUGAUCAUUGAUGAAGGUCACAGAAUGAAGAAUCAUCAUUGUAAAUUAACCCAAGUGUUGAAUACACAUUAUUUAGCUCCGCAUCGACUUCUACUAACUGGAACGCCGUUGCAAAAUAAAUUGCCAGAAUUGUGGGCAUUACUGAAUUUCUUACUACCGUCAAUCUUUAAAUCCUGCAGUACAUUCGAGCAAUGGUUCAAUGCUCCGUUCGCAACCACUGGAGAGAAAGUUGAAUUAAACGAGGAAGAAACAAUUCUUAUUAUUCGUCGUUUGCACAAAGUGUUACGUCCUUUCCUACUGAGACGUUUGAAAAAAGAAGUCGAGUCACAAUUGCCUGAUAAAGUGGAAUACAUUAUUAAGUGUGAUAUGUCAGGAUUACAAAAGGUUCUUUAUAAACACAUGCAAAGCAAGGGUGUGUUGUUAACUGAUGGUUCUGAAAAGGGAAAACAGGGUAAAGGUGGUGCCAAAGCUUUGAUGAAUACUAUUGUUCAGUUGAGAAAAUUAUGUAACCAUCCAUUCAUGUUCCAAGCUAUUGAAGAGAAAUAUUGCGAACAUGUUGGUACACAAGGUAUUAUUACUGGACCUGAUUUGUACCGUGCCUCUGGUAAAUUUGAGUUAUUAGAUCGAAUUCUUCCGAAAUUGAAAGCAACAAAUCAUAGAGUUUUAUUAUUUUGUCAAAUGACACAAUUAAUGACAAUUAUGGAAGAUUAUUUAGGCUGGAGAGGAUUCAUGUAUUUGAGAUUGGAUGGUACAACUAAGGCUGAAGAUAGAGGAGAUCUGUUAAAGAAAUUCAAUGAUCCCGGUUCGGAGUACUUCUUGUUCUUGCUAUCAACACGUGCUGGUGGUCUUGGAUUGAAUCUUCAAGCUGCAGAUACCGUAAUUAUUUUCGAUUCUGAUUGGAAUCCGCAUCAAGAUUUACAGGCACAGGACAGAGCGCACAGAAUUGGUCAGAAAAACGAAGUACGUGUACUAAGAUUGAUGACGGUUAAUUCAGUCGAAGAAAGAAUAUUAGCUGCUGCUAGAUACAAAUUAAACAUGGAUGAAAAGGUUAUACAGGCAGGAAUGUUCGAUCAGAAGUCGACAGGUUCUGAGAGGCAACAAUUCUUGCAAAGUAUCUUGCACCAAGAUGAUGCAGAGGAUGAAGAAGAAAAUGAGGUUCCAGACGAUGAAACAGUUAAUCAAAUGAUUGCUCGAACCGAGGGUGAAUUUGAGAUAUUCCAAAAACUAGAUCUAGAACGAAGAAGAGAAGAGGCAAAGUUAGGCCCAAAUAGAAAAUCUCGACUGUUAGAAGAAGCUGAACUGCCUGAUUGGUUGGUAAAAGAUGAUGAUGAAGUUGAACGAUGGACUUACGAAGAAGACGAAGAUAGGUUCCUUGGACGAGGUUCGAGACAACGAAAGGAAGUUGAUUAUACCGAUAGUCUUACCGAAAAAGAAUGGCUGAAAGCAAUUGACGAUGACGGUGCCGAAUAUGAAGAGGAAGAGGAAGAUGAUAAAAAGAAGAAAAAGACUAGGAAACGAAAGAAAAAAGGCGAAGAAGAUGAUGAACCUAUUCCAAAGAAACGAAGAGGCGGUGGAUCUUCAAUUGAUCCAAAAAUGAAACGGGCUAUGAAAAAGUUACUUAUGAUAGUUGUUAAUUAUACCGAUAGUACGGACGGUAGACUACUUAGUGAACCAUUUAUGAAAUUACCAUCUAGAAGAGAAUUACCAGAUUAUUAUGAAAUUAUUAAAAAACCAUUGACUAUAAAUAAGUUACUUCAAAAAAUUGAAGAAGGAAAGUAUGUCGAUUUUGACGAUCUUGAGAAAGACUUUAUGCAACUCUGCAAAAACGCGCAAGUUUACAAUGAAGAAGCUUCACUCAUACACGAAGACUCCAUUGUUUUACAAUCUGUUUUUACAAAUGCUCGUCAACGAAUUGAAGAAGAGGGUAAUAAUUCCGAUAUGGAUGAUAAAGGUGAUGGUGAAGAUGGCUCGGAUGCUGAUUCCAGUGUAAGAAUGAAAAUUAAAUUGAAAGGAAGAAAAGGGGAAGGUCGAGGAGGUCGUAGAAAAAGAGUUACAAAAAAAUAUAUAUCGGAUGAUGAUGACGAUGCUGAUGAUAAUUGAGAAUUGCACGCGAAUUUUAUAGAAUAUACAAAAUAAUAGGUACAAUAACUUUUAAUAGCUAUCUCAAAUUAAAUUGCUAUCCAUGUGCGCAGCUGUUACUAUAUAGUUAUAUUGUAUGAGAUUUUACAGGAAUUCAACUAAAACGUGUAACUUGAUUAUAGUACAUAAAUACUAUUGUUGGUCAAGUUGUAAAUUUGAAGAAUUAUCGUUAAUAAAAGUUAUAAUUUCUUAGAGUUCAUUAAAUCGGACUCUAUAGAUUUGAUACGAAAUAAUAUGAAUUGUAAUAAGUAACAGAACAUUUUUUAAUUUUAUGCGGAUUUACGUGCAACUUGUACGAUGUACAGUAAGAAUUAGCAUUAGGUAAUUAGUAUGUAAUUUUAUUUCAAUUUUCAAAUGGAUAUAUCAAGAUUUGAUGUUUCAGACAUUCUUCUUCUUUUAUUGAAUUUCAUAUUCGAGAAUAAAACCAUUCUAAAUGACAUAAUUAAAAAUAUAUUGAUAAAAGAUAAAAUCUAAAAAAAUAGAAGAAAUACAGUAAGCACUUUACGCGGUCUCUCUAUGAUGUUCGGGUGUAAAGGAUUUAUUUAGUUUUAUUUGAAAAUCU